AUGUCUUACAAUCACAACCAAGGUGGAUCUGGGUAUCAAAACCCAAAUCAGGGCCACGACCAAAAUCAAGGGAUAGAUCAGUCCCAGGAUUACAGCUAUAAUAGCCAGGGACAACAAAACCAGCGUAUUCCUAGUGGCAGUGGAUCAGUUCACACUACAGCCACUGGUGCUACGGGAGCUACUGCACACCCUUCAGAUGCUCAUUCCUAUCUGUCACCCAACCAGGGUCAUAUUAACCCCCCUCCAAGAGUCGCUUCUCCAUAUGACAACAGUUAUACACCGCCUUCUGUCGACCCCUCGGUAGGUAACUACACCCCAUACUCUGGAUCUGUGCACAAUAACAAUUUAAACCCGUUUGACUCGGCUCCUCAGUCUGUCUAUCAAUCGCCAUAUACUGGUGAUUUGAGUCAGACCUAUCUUCCUGACCAUGACGAUGGUCAUCAGGACAAUUCUUAUCCCAUGUAUGAUCUGUCGACCCAUGAUCCAGCUAUGGACGAUACCUACAACUAUGAUGACAAUCAACCAUUAACUCAAGAACCAUAUCACGGAAACUAUCCACCUCCUCCACGACCAGCUCUCCCGUAUCCCGAUGAUAUUAGUGAGACCACUGGUGGGUUUGAGCCUAUUGGCGGUAUUACUGGUUUCCCCGCUGUCGAAAUCGCUCCUUAUCCUAAUUACAGAUUUGACAACUCGUCUGGCGAACUGUCUGCUGAUACUCUAAACAACGAGCCAGCUCCAUACUUUGGCGACCAAACUCAAAAUCAGCCUCUUGACCAGCUUCAACCUCCUCCUGAACCAACUCGAUCGAAUAGUGGUUUAAAGAGAUUGCCCACUAGAAAGGUCAAUCUUGUCAAAGGUAAGGUAUUCUCGACGGAUUAUCCUGUUCCUACUGCAAUCAAAUCCUCGAUCCUGCCUAAAUAUCGUGAUCCUGAAAGCGGCAGCAAAGAAUUUACCCACAUGAGAUAUACUGCUGCUACCUGUGAUCCAGAUGAGUUUACUGUCAAAAAUGGUUACAGUCUUCGUGUUGCUGAAGAGAAACGUCACACCGAACUUCUCAUCGCUGUCACCUAUUAUAAUGUAAGUAUACUGGUUUGUUGA